AUCCCUUUGAGCGACUCUGGGCUGAGGGGGGAAAAAGAGACUGAGAGAGACAGAGGGAGAAAGUGUGUGUGUGUAAGAGAGAGCACAAAAUACACGCAGACUCCCCAACAUCACCUAGACUACCUGCUCCAUCCAGCACAACAAGGAGGAGGAGGAGGACGCAGAAGUGCAGGCGCGUCCAUGCGUGCCAGCCGAACAAGACAAUAAGCGGGCAAACAGGAACCACAGAUCCAAAAUUGGAAUAAGAGUUUAUCUUGAGAACUCUUUGGGAAAAAGAGCACAGCUUUGCUACAAGAACAAAGACAGCCUAAAUGAGUACAUGGUAAGAAGAGUCAUGCAUCUCAACAGAGAAGAAGAUAACAGCAAAGGCUCAGUGUCCCUCAGUGUAUUCCUGGUGUCUGUCGCAUCAGUAGUAUGUGCCGUUUGGCUGGUAGCUCUAUGUGGCGUCUGCACCUGGUGUCAACGGAAACUGGGGAAGAGGAAUAAGCCCGGGGUGGAGGCUGCCAGCUCUCCAGAUUCUGUGCGAGGUCGAGGGGAAAAUAAAGCCAUCAACCACAGUGAUCUAGACAGAGACUUUUGGAAUAACAAUGACAGCAGCAAUGUGCAACAGAGGUGGAGCUCCUACCCGCCCAAGGAGUUCCUCUUAAACAUGUCUCCUUACGCUCCCUAAGGAGACCCUCGCCUCACGCCCAAUGGGGCCGUGGAUAAGGGUGGGCAGGGCGGUGCUGGACCCUCGCCGGGGACCAGUGACAGCGGGGGUGGUGCUUGCUCUGGGACUGGGGCGGGGCCCAGUCGCAGUGACAGCGUUCGA